UGCCGCUAGCCUUGGAAAAUGUUGUUCUCCUCAAACUUCAUUUUCAGCCUCCUCUGUGCCUUCAUAGACCUCUCGCUCCCCUUCAAACCCCUGCCCCCUUUCUUUUUCUAUUUUCUACUCCCCCCUUUAUUUGUACCACUGCUCCAUACUUGUUUCACUUUCUUCCCCAUCACUAUCUCCUACCAUUUCUGACCCAGUUACAGCCCUGCCGAACCACCGCCACACCGACUAAAGUUGUAUUGUUUGUUUAUCAACGAUUGAUACCGGAGUUCCGAACAGUUUUAGUAGAAUGCACUCCUGAUGCACUCUUUUUUUGUGUGUUUAUUUUCCUGGUUUAGACCUAGCUAUGUUGAAGACUUCUUCCUCGGGAGUUCUAACAGAAACAUUUAGCUAGUUUCCACACUGCCAUCUAGUGUGUAGGAGAAGGGUUGACGACAGUAGGGAAGAAAUGGUUGGUUAAAGAAAUCGCUUGAGGACAGGGAGUCGCUAGCUAGCUCGUUAGUCAUUCGUUGAAUCAAGUUCGAAAACAAACUCGUUAGCUAGCUAAGUAUUAGCAAGCUAGUAGUAGUAGCUCUGUUAAUGUCAUGGAAUUGCUGUGAAUCUCUGGAUAUGGCAGGGUUGAGAUGCCGGAAAACUGUGGUAAAGGAGGGAGAAGAGGAGGAACACCAGCAAUGUGAAUCUGAACCUUGCUCAGAGAAUUUUACAAUGGACAAGGUUAGUCUGAAGGAGAAGUGUUCAGAGGACACAGAUGGAGCUACCUGUGGGGUUCAGGAUAAAGAGAAGGAAGAUGAAGAGGAGGAGGAGAAGAAGGAAGAAGAUAAAAAGGAGGAGGCAGACAGUCAGAAGCCCUCUCCUGUCAAAAGAAACCGGAGCGCCUGCAGAUCGGUUAUGCUUCAGAGUCUAGUGAAGCUGUUCUUCGGAUGCCUGGCAGCAGUUACAUGUGGCAUGAUGUAUGCAGUGUAUCUCUACACCUACCACGAGAGGAAGUUCUGGUUUUCUAGCAGACAGGAGCUGGAACGGGAAAUCACCUUCCAGGGUGGCAGUGGACUCUACUAUUACUACUACAAACACAUGUUGACAGCACCCUCCUUUGAAAGAGGGAUAUACGAGCUGAUGAGAGACAACAGGACUGUGUCUGGUCAGACCAUUAACGCAGUGGAACGCCUGUCUCUGUACCCAGAGCUUAUUACUAGCCUGCUCUAUAGAAUCACAGGAAGCCAGGAUGUAAUAGAGCCAGUAUACUUCUACAUCGGAGUGGUGUUUGGCCUCCAGGCUGUCUACGUCACUGCCCUCUUCGUGUCCAGCUGGGUGAUGAGUGGCACGUGCGUGGCUGGCAUACUGGCUGUGGCCUGGUAUGUUAUCAACCGACCAGACACAACCAAAGUGGACUAUGCCAUUCCACUGCGGGAAAACUGGGCCUUGCCUUACUUCUCUUGCCAAGUUGCAGCCUUAACAGGAUUCCUGAGUAAUAACGUUAACUCAGCCUCAGAGAUGUUCUGUUACCUCCUGAUGAGUGCCACCACGUUCACCUUCAUCCUGGUGUGGGAGCACAGCCACUACGUGCUCUUCAUCCAGGGCCUGGCUCUGUUCCUGCUCGACUCCUUUGACCUGGUGCCGUCCCGCAAGAUGGCUGACAUUCACAAGGUGUACCUGAGCUCUCUCUUCCUGGCCUACGUCCUCCAAUUCCAGAACCCAGCCCUGCUCAGCUCUCCUUUGCUCAGCCUCCUCAUCAGCUCAGUGCUAGCGAGGUACUUCCAGCAAAACAUGAAGAUGGGCCCCCUAGUGGCCAGACUGAUGAAGCUCUUUCUGCAUUUCUACCUCUGCUUCACCACCGGGAUCACCUUCAGCUAUGUGGCCAAGCGACUAAUGCCAGUCAGAGAGAGUGAUUUCAUUUUGAAAUUUCUUGAAGUGAAAUUCGGACUCAACACAACAACAGACUUUGUGACUAACCGGCUCCUGUGUCAAGAAUGCUUCCAGACCCCCAGUCAGGACUUUUUCCUGCGGCUGACCCAAGCAUCAGUCUUGCCUUUUUACCUACUGGUCCUCCUUAUCUGUCUCAUAUCAACACUGCAGACCAUCUACAGGAGGCUCAGUGGUGAGCCAAUGAAAACGAACCUCAGACUCGAAGAUGGACGAAUAGGAGAGCAACCCGAGGUCAUCUACCACGUUUUCCACACAAUGCUGUUCGGGGCUCUGGCUAUGGUCUUUGAGGGGAUGAAGUAUUUGUGGACCCCAUACGUCUGCAUGUUCACAGCGUUUGGCGUGUGUUCGCCAGAGCUCUGGGUGACUUUGUUCAGGUGGCUAAGGUUGAAGUCCAUCCACCCUGUGGUACUGGCCCUGAUAUUGAGCACAGCAGUUCCAACCAUCAUUGGAUUCAGUUUAUGGAGAGAGUACUUUCCCCGUGUCAUAGCAGAACUAUCAGAGCUGCAGGAAUUCUAUGACCCAGAUACAGUCGAGCUGAUGAACUGGAUAAAGACCCAUGCCCCGAUGGCGGCAGUGUUUGCGGGCAGCCCACAGCUGUUGGGUUCGGUGAAGCUGUGCUCAGGUUGGACUGUGACCAGUCUGCCUCUCUACUCAGACAUUGACCUGCUGAGGAGGAGUGAGGAUACAUACCAGGUGUAUGCAAUGAGGUCUGCGGAAGAUGUCUACAAGAUUCUGUCUUUGCACAAGACGAGCUACGUGAUUAUCGAAGAGUCGCUGUGCAACGAGUUGAGUCAUACCAAGGGCUGCAGGAUCAAAGACCUGCUGGAUAUCGCCAACAGCCAUGUGGUGUAUGACAAAGGCGAGAUGUACUCCUUCUCCAAACACGGACGAUUCUGUCAUGAGAUAAAGAUGAACUACUCGCCCUACACAAACUACUUCUCAAGGGUUUUCUGGAACAGGUCCUAUCACGUCUACAAAGUCAACUCUGUCAUCUCCUUCCAGUACUGAAGACAGCUCAGCUUCAGCGUAACUACUGAGACAAGACUUUCUUCUGUCUCUGCAGUGUCUGUUACCAUAGUUGGAUGCAAUACAACUCCUUCGCAGUUGGUUCUCUUAAAAUCCGUGGAAGAGUGUUGAUUGAAUAUUCACUCCCCUUGACAUUCUACGGGCAGUGUAAAUUGUCUUGAUAUUCUGCACAGUAACAAAUCAUACAUGUAACAGAUUGAGAUCCAUGAUGAGAAAAUUCAGUUGGUCCCCCAAUUAUUGCAUGUCAGAUAAGUGGUCAAACUCUUAAUGAAUAGUUAGGGGCGAUGUUCACAAUGCCAUGUGAGUCAUAGUACUGUAUUUUGUUUUCCAAAACACUAAUUACUGUGAUGUCUUGAGUGAAAGUAAAGCACACAUGCAUGUAGGGGAGACAGGUC